UCUCUGCCUCUGCCUCCCUCUUUCCCUCUCUGUCUCUGCUUUCUGUUCGCUCAAUCUUCAUUUUUUGUUAUGUCAUGGCGCCUGCACGUGCCAUGCUCGUGCUAGCCAUGUCCUUGGCUUUUGUAGCAUUCUCUAAUGGCCAAGCCCCUUCUCCUGCACCCAUGGCAAUGGCGCCAUCUAGCACCAUGUCACCGCCAUCUCCAAAGGCGGCUCCUGCACCUGCAACCUCCCCUGUUUCAUCACCUCCACCAUCACCAAGUUCCCUCAGCCCAAGCCCAAGCCCAGGACCAUCUAGCAGCGCCACCUCUUCACCACCUUCACCUUCAGCUCCUUCUCCCGAGUCCUCAUCGCCUUCACCGAUGCCUGCACCUGGGUCUGGUCCAUCCCUGUCUCCCAUGUCACAGACCCCUGUGGCUUCUACCCCCAGCAGCGACGCCUCUGUUCUUGGAACCAGCUUCUCAAUGCUAGUUCUUAUGCUUGGAGGAGCUCUGGUGCUGCUUGCUUGAAUAAAUCAUUAAAAUUGUUUUAGUUUUUGGAUUCCAUGAUGUAGAUUGAUGAGACAUGUAUUCGUGUAGCGUUCUGAGUUUCCCUUUUGUUUUGUUGCUUCAUGUUCAUGCACGAUGAUACUUGGGUGCACCAUUUUUAAUGAUCUGUUUUCAUUAGGAGCUUUCAUUUGAACGCCAUAUCCUUUUGUCACAUUGUAGCUGAAUAAGAGGGAUGUGGCCAUUCUGACCUUCUCUGGUUUUCUUCAAAUUUCUGUGUGCCUUUUGUCUAAUUUUUUAUUAGUUGAUGCUAAAUGUCCCCGUGUUCAUCA